UUCUCUAGUUUAUCUUUGACGCAGCGUAAAUGCGUUCAAAACUAGUUAUAAGAUUUUAGAGCGAACGGUUCUUCACUUGCGCCACCCUAACACUGUUGGUGUUACAUUGCGAGUGUGAGACACUCAAGCCUCAUGGACUAUCCACUCCUAACUUCCUUCUCUUCCACUAACCGCUCUCUCUUCCUCUUCCUCUUCCUCUUCGUACUCCUCAAUACCUGCUUACUCCUUCCAAAUCCAGGAGUAGCUGUAGCUGAAGAUGAAUCAUCAGCAGUCAUAUCAAGAUUCCAACAAUACCUCCAAAUUGAUACUGCCCAACCCAGCCCCCGGUACCAAGAAGCAGCCGAUUUCCUUAUUUCCCAGGCCAAAUCCAUCGGCCUUGAAUCUCAAAUCAUUGAGUUCGCUGUGGGCAAACCGCUUGUUCUCCUCAAGUGGGCUGGCUCUGACCCCACCCUGCCUUCUAUCCUCCUUUACUCUCAUACUGAUGUCGUCCCCGUUGAGCAGCAUAAGUGGGCAUACCCUGCCUUCAGUGCACAACUUGAUUCCCAUGGCAACAUCUAUGCUAGAGGCGCCCAGGACAUGAAGUGCGUUGGUAUGCAGUAUCUGGAAGCUGUUCGCCGCUUGAAGUCUUCUGGGUUCCAGCCGGUUCGGUCCAUUUACCUCUGUUUUGCCCCAGAUGAAGAAAUAAAUGGCCAUGAUGGUGCUGAGAAGUUUGCUGAUUCUGAUAUUUUCAAGACCAUCAAUGUGGGAAUAGUGCUCGAUGAAGGAUUAGCUUCGCCCACUGAGAAGUACCGGGCGUUCUAUGCGGAGAGGAGUCCAUGGUGGCUGGCGAUUAAGGCCACUGGGUCGCCAGGCCAUGGAUCUAGGCUUUAUGACAAUAGUGCAAUGGAAAAUCUUUUGAAAAGCAUUGAGAGUGUGAGGAGAUUCCGGGCUUCUCAGUUUGAUUUGGUGAAAUCUGGUUUGAAGGAGGAGGGAGAGGUUAUUUCUGUUAACAUGGUCUUUCUUAAGGCUGGCACUCCAUCUCCAACUGGAUUUGUCAUGAAUGUGCAGCCAUCUGAAGCAGAAGCAGGUUUUGAUAUUCGAGUUCCACCAACUGCUGAUCCUGAAGCUUUGGAAAGGCGAAUUGCUGAAGAAUGGGCACCUGUUUCACGCAAUAUGACAUAUGAGUUUAAGUCGAAAGCCACUGUUUAUGACAAGUUUGGGAGGCCUCUUAUUACAAAGACGAAUUCUAACCCAUGGUGGGUUCUGCUUGAAGAAGCUGUCAGAAAAGCUAAUGGAAAACUUGGUAAACCAGAGAUCUUUCCAGCUGCCACGGAUUCUCGUCACUUCCGGUUCCGUGGGCUACCAGCAAUUGGUUUCUCCCCCAUGGCAAACACACCUGUUCUUCUGCAUGAUCAUAAUGAGUUCCUGAACAAAGCCGAAUACCUGAAAGGCGUAGAGAUCUACGAGUCAAUAAUUAAAGCUUAUGCAUCUUAUGCUGAGCAUGCCAGCAAUGAAGGGACCAAAGAUGAGUUAUAAGAUAGCUCCUGAUCACUGUCCAUCUUCAAGCCCAUAUUUUAUGGAAGUUUUGUAAAAUAACGAUUCAGAUUAGAUGCAUGUACUAGUGAUGUACAAAUAAGUGGGCCAAACAGGACACUGGCAGAACUGGUUCAGGGUAUGGAUUUGUGCUCUUUGAACUUCGUAAUGCUACAAAUAAUAAUAAGCUAAAAUUCUGUGUUAUAAAAAAAUUUAUUAAUUA